UCUCACCAUCCCUGUCACAGAAGCUCACUCAUAAUGGUUAAUGCUGAAACUGCUCGCAAUAUCGUCGGCAUCAUUGGAAAUGUUAUGUCCUUCGGCCUCUACCUCUCGCCAUCGUAACUAAUUUCUGGUUUUCUUAUCAAAACUGUUAAUCUUGUUAAUGGAUAAUUACCCUGAUUUUAAAAUUAAAUAGUUUUGACAGUCCAACUUUUUGGCAAAUAAUAAAGAGGAAAUCAGUGGAGGAGCUUCAGCCCUUCGCAUAUAUCGCUAUCGCAACAUGUAUGAAUUGCAUGUUUUGGAUGCUUUAUGGUCUUCCAUUUGUUCAUCCUAAAAGCACUCUCGUCAUCACCAUCAACGCCAUUGGCCUUGUGAUGGAGUUCAUAUAUUUAUCAAUAUUCUGUUACUACGACCAUCAGAACCAACGACGGAAGAAGGUGGCGAUUGGACUUUCUGGGGAAGUGGUUUUUGUGUUGAUAAUAGCUGUAACUACAAUGGUGGCUUUUCACACCCAUGAAAGCAGGUCAUUUUUUGUGGGAAUUAUCUGCGAUGUCUUCAACAUUAUCAUGUAUGCAUCACCACUCACCAUUGUGAAAAAAGUUAUAAGAACAAAGAGCGUUGAGUACAUGCCAUUCUAUCUCUCACUUGCCGGUUUCACUAAUGGCUGUGUCUGGGCUGCUUAUGCUCUCAUCAAGCUGGAUUAUUUUAUUCUGAUAAGCAAUGGCCUUGGAGCACUGUUCGGUCUUCUGCAACUUAUUAUAUAUGGCGUGUACUAUAGAUCAACGCCUAGAACGGGCCAAGAUAUCGAAAAGCCGCCGGAGGUUCAGCUCUCUACAGCUCCCAGGGCUUAAAUUAAUCUAUCAUGCUGAUUUUUUUAGCAAUCAACACCAACAAAAGUUGAAGACGACAUCAAGCCAACAGACGUUCAACUAUCUGCUACAGCCGCUGUCUAACACGUUCAUGCCUAAAAACAACUGAGUGCAAUCUAUAUGACUGUUCUGUUUUUUUUUAUUUUAAAAAAAAAAAGUGUGCGGCUAAAAAAA